UCCGGGCACUUCGGUUUCCUCCCACAUCCCAAAAACAUGCAUUCAUUGGAGACUCUAAAUUGCCCGUAGGCAUGACUGUGAGUGCGAAUGGUUGUUUGUUUCUAUGUGCCCUGCGAUUGGCUGGCAACCAGUUCAGGGUGUACCCCGCCUCCUGCCCGAUGACAGCUGGGAUAGGCUCCAGCACGCCCGCGACCCUAGUGAGGAGAAGCUGCUCAGAAAAUGGAUGGAUGGAUAUUUACCACUUGACUUUAAUACGGCGUCAGCGUAGGUUAGUGAUAAAGACUACGAUGUUUUACGUACAAAAAGUUACGUCGGUGUCGUGUGCUCGUAACACCGAAUAAGUUUGCGUUGCGCACGAUCCGCUUUCCAGUGUGCCAUACACGCCAACCGCAGGAGUAAGGACAAGCAAUUGUUUUUCAUUUCUUUUGUCGCUGUAUUUCGUACUGUUACUUUAUAUUUGUGGCCUAGACGUGUUUCUCCUACAAAUAUUUACUGCAAUUAUGACUUUACUAUACACUACUACUACAUUGCGCUACGUACAAAAAGUUGCAUCGUGCUGCAGUAACAGAACUCGACGCAAGAAUACAGUACGCCGUCCGAACCAAUCACAGAAAUGAUUAAAGGUUACGGCGUGUUCGUACAAGUUACGCCGGUGUCGUAAGAGCGGACUCGGAAUACGACGUCGCGUCGUGACCCAGGAACAACUUACGGCAUACUCGCUUUCCGCCGUACGCCAUUUUGGUUUGCCGUGCUUACACAUACUUGUUUUCUUUUGCUUUAGUGACUUUCUAGCCUUCGUUAUGGCGCCCAAGGGCAAAGCGGACUCUUCCAACGGCCGAGCUUCGAAAAAAAGGAAAUCCAUUACCAUGGAGGUGAAGUUAGACAUCGUGAAGCGAUCGAAACGGGGAGAAACGCCGACGAACAUCGGCCGCGUGCUCGACUUAAGCCGCUCCACUGUGGCGACUAUCAUUAAGGAUCAAGAUCGCAUCCUGGAGCAUGUGAAGGCAUCUCCGCAUAUGAAAUCCACCAUAAUAAGCAAGCAGAACAGCGGGCUAAUGAUGGAGAUGGAGAGACUUCUGGUGCUUUGGCUGGAGGAGCAGCACCGGCGGCGUCUCCCCGUCAGCCUCGUGUUGAUCCAACAGGAGGCGAAGCGCCUCUUCGAGACGUUGAAAAGUGAAAAAGGAGAAGGCAGUGAGGGGAAGUCGUUUGUGGCCAGCAGAGGUUGGUUUAUGCGAUUUAAAGCUCGCGCUAAUUUGCAUAACCUUAGAGUGGAAGGUGAAGCCGUCAGUAGCGCGAAUGAAGCAGGGAAAGAUUUCCCCACUGCCUUGGCGGAGAUCAUCAAGGAGGGGGUGAACAAGUGCUGUGCCCAACAAGUGUUGGGUGAGAGUUUGUUCUGGAAGCCGCCGGUAAACACCAAGGUGGAGGAGGAGGAGGAGGAGGAGGAAGCGAGACAGGCUGUGGAGCAGGACGCAACAACCCCAGAGCCCAAGAGGUUCACAUGCAAGAGCUUAGCGGCUGGUUUCUUGCUGAUCGAGGAAGGCUUGGCGAAGUUUGAGGCCGAGGACCCCGACGCGGCCAGGUACGCCAGGAUCUUCAAGGGGGUCACGGACCACCUGCGGUGUUACAAGGAGAUUUGGGAGGAGGAAAAGAGGGUCUCCUUUCAGUCGAACCUCGAACGGUUCUUCAAGAUGGUCGAGAGGCCGAUACCGGAUCCCGUACCGGAUCCUGGGCCCUCGACGUCGACUGCUCCGUUACCACCUGCGGCCACUUCGUCUCCUUUGAAAAAGUAGAGAGGCCUGAAACGGAUCCUGUAUUCUCUACCUCAUCUGCUUCAUUCACUUCCCCCAGCAUCUUCUCGACCACCUUUGACCUCUCCAGCAUCCUCCUCGCCUCUCACCUCUCUCAUACUCACAACACAAGCCUAUCACAGGAGGAAAGGCCCUUUUCCACCAGACAGCGGUAGAACUCCUGGAUGUACGUGUAAACGCACUUCCAGUCGGGCUCUUUCAUCCGGACCAAGUCUUCAGGGUCCAGCAGAGGGGGGCAGCCGGCCAGCCUCCUGCAAACGGAGAAGCAU